AUGGAUCCUAACUCUGGCUCGCUUUCCUCCCUGUCCCGGGUCUGCUGCCGGCCAGCAGAACCCCGUGUGGAAGGUCAGAGAAGCCCAUCGCCCGGUGAGCAGGCCAGAGACUCCUCCUUUCCCCGGAUCCUGGUCCCCAAUUCUAGCUUCACCGACCCUGACUGGUUCUGGGAUGAGCACAUCCAGGCCAAGAGGGCCAGGGUGGAGACCAUCGUGCAAGGCAUGGGCCUUUCCCCUAACCCUCUGGGGCCCAGCAGUGCCCGAGCCAGGGGCAGCCCGAGCUGCCCAGAGAAGGCCCGGGAGCGGAAGAGGAAGCAGAGCCUUCCCAUGCAGCAAACCCCGCUGAAGCCAGGCCCUGCUGGGAGCCUUGGCGGCAGGAUGGGGGGCCCUCGCGUGAGAGAACAGCUUCACCUGCUGAAGCAACAGCUGAGACAACUGCAAGAGCACAUCCUGCAGGCUGCGGAGCCCGGGGCCGCAGCUCAGGGCCCAGGAGGUGCUGAGAAGAGGCAGGGCCCCCCAAGUGUAAAGCAGAGGAAUGGCUAUGGCUGUGGGCCCUGGGCCAGGGACGCUGACCACCACCAGGGUUCCAGGGGGAACCCCCCUGGGGAGGAAAAACACAGAGCAGCUGAGGUCGAACGCCAGCCUGAGGAGUCCCUGUUCCCCUGGCCUGGAACACAAGCUUUGAUGGAGAUGCUGAGGAAAGAAUUGACUGGGGCGGUGUCCCAGGCUGUGGACUCAGUCUUACAGAAGGUACUCCUGGACCCACCAGGUCGCCUGACUCAGCUGGGCCGACGCUUCCUGCGCCCGGUGCCAGAGGGUGGAAGCGAGACUUCCCCCGAGGGAGGUGCCGGUAGAGACCCACUUCCGCUGGCUGCCUUGCCCAGGAGGGCCCAGGCGCAGGCUGGGGGCCCGCCGGAGAACUUGGCACUGGUCCAGCCUCUAGGCUCUCCUAGAUACCCCGUCUCUCUAAGAAUGCUCUCCAAACCCUAUCAGGCCCCCCCAGCAAACUGUGCCUUGACAGUACCUUCCCACAUCCAGGAAAAUCAGAUCAUUCGCCAGCUACUGGGGCAGGGAUCCAACGGGCGCUGGAGCGGCAGUCUUCCCCAGGACCCGUCUCCCCCAAGUCACUCCUCCUCAGAGUCUGCCCUGCGCCCCUGGGGAGCCAUCAAACUGCGACCGUCGGUUUUGAGCCAGCAGCAGCCCCCUGUGCCCUUCGCUCCCACCCGUUUGGAAAAACUGCCCUUCCUUCCCUCGGUGAAGAUGGAGCAGGGUAGCCUGGGGGCUGUCACUGAUGUACUUCCAUUUUCCUCAGUCCACAUCCAGGAGGGCCUAAACCCUGGCCACUUGAAGAAGGCCAAACUAAUGUUUUUCUUCACACGCUACCCCAGCUCCAGCCUCCUGAAGGCUUGUUUCCCUGAUGUACAGUUCAACCGCUGCAUCACCUCCCAGAUGAUCAAGUGGUUCAGCAACUUUCGUGAGUUCUAUUACAUCCAGAUGGAGAAAUUUGCCCGGCAAGCAAUUUCAGAUGGCGUCACGAAUCCCAAAGUGCUGGUGGUUCUCCGCGACUCAGAGCUUUUCCGAGCUCUCAAUAUGCACUAUAACAAGGGAAAUGACUUUGAGGUCCCAGACUGCUUCUUGGAAGUGGCCAGCUUGACAUUACGGGAGUUCUUCAGGGCUGUCUCCGCAGGGAAAGACUCAGAUCCUUCCUGGAAGAAACCCAUUUAUAAAGUUAUUUCGAAACUGGACAGCAACAUCCCAGAGAUACUCAAAUCUUCCAGCUAUCCCUAG